AUGGAAUGGUCUCCUGAAGACGACAAGCUACUCGAAAAUGCUCUGGCCGAACUCGACAGUAGUUCACCAAAUUCCUAUGAAGAUGGAGCUGACAAAAUCCCAUGGAAAUCUGUGGAUGAGUCAGAGGAGCUCUAUCAGGAUCAUCAAGCCUUAGCUCGUGACACGAAUUUGACAGAGGCUGAUAAUUACUAUCCAAUGCCGCUGCAUACAAAUGAUGGUGUAGAGAAUCCAGGUGCCCUCAAAUCCGGGGAGGAGACAGGGUCUUCGUCAAGAAAGAAACAAGCAACCAAAAAUGAUCAGCGUCAAAAAACGAUUCGCUGGACUGAAGAAGAGCAUCUGAUGUUUCUGGUUGGACUGAAACGAUUUGGAAGAGGAGACUGGAAGAACAUAUCAAAGCAUUGUGUGACUACAAGGAAACCAAGCCAAGUUGCCAGCCACGGCCAGAAGUACUUCAGGCGCCAAAAAAGUUCUACUCCAGAAGACAAGCGCCGUUCUAGCAUUAAUGACAUCAUUGCAAUUGACCCAGACUUUGUUGUGCCUCAUUACACUUUCCCAAGCCUUGAACGAGAAAUUCCCAGUUAUUCUACUUCUACUGGCCAGCCUGAAAUUGCCUUGCCUUCAGAACCCGACCGAAGCUACGAUGUUGAAGAGUUACUCAAUUCAACAGAAGCUAGCACAUUCCAACUUGAAGAAUUCCCUCCUGUGGAUGAAGCUUUCUUUGAAGACCCUUCAUUUUACUUUCUUCCACCAGAUGCAGCUUAUCCAGGAGCAACAAUCAACAAGGAAAAUCAUGGGCAAGGACCCAAGAACUAG